ACAGUGUCGAUUGCAAUCGCGAUCUGGCUGAAGCGAGAAAGUGCAACGAGAUGUUUCCGGUGCACCCCGGGGCACUGUUUGUCAUCUCUGUUCCGAGUUUGUUCUAGCUUCUCAUUCGCUCUACAGGUAAUAUUGUGGCCGUAAAGUGGCCUCGUUUAGUGAUUUGUAAUUUCCAUGAUCAAAUAAGAAAAACCUGUAGCAGCGUAUUUGUAAGACGAGCGUGUUAUCCUUGAAAUCGCUUUCGAUCGUGGAACGAGCUGUUCUCCAAAGUGUUCCCUGUUGAAACUGACGUACCCGCAAUAACACAGUCAGUUGUUGUAACAGCGAUGCCGUUACCAAUGGGCAUUUAACGUUUCAAAUAUCGUGAAAAAUUCUUCGUGCCUCGUGAAAUCAUCACGAGACAUCGAAGCUUGGUUGUUAUGACGCGGUGUUGUUUAAAUGUCUAACUAAGAUUAUCGAAUCUAACAAAGAAUUAACACCGUCGAACAACACCAUGAGCGGAUUGUGGGAAAAAAAUAAAUUUGAAGCUAGCGGACCGGCCAUUAUGAAAAGUCUUAAUAAUAUAUGUAUUUGCGACAGGGAUAACUCAGUUUCCGAGAAUGGAAUACCUGCGAAUGGAUUGUACAUAAAAUGCUCGUGCAGAACGUUUAAGAGUUUUUUAUUGAUAGACGAACAAGAAUAUCUUAAAGUUUCCACUGCCAAACAAUUCGUGGAGAAAUUGAAUUGUAGCGCGAAAGACGUUAAAGUAAAGGUGGUGUCUGUUUUUGGAAAUAUAGGCGAUGGCAAAAGUCAUAUGUUGAAUCAGACGUUCUUCAAGGGGAAAGAAGUGUUUAAAACUUCGAACAAACAAAACUCUUGUACGAUAGGUGUUUGGGCAGCAUUCGAUCCGCUCCUUAAUGUGAUCUGUUUGGAUACAGAAGGUUUGUUAGGUAUUAACGAAAGUGAAAAUGAACGUACGAGACUAUUACUUAAAGUUCUCGCCGUAUCUGAUAUUGUAGUAUAUAGGACGCAAUCCGAGAAAUUGAAGAGGGAUUUAUUCACGUUCCUUGGUACAGCGUCGAGAGCUUACAGUCGUCAUUUUCAAGCUGCCUUGCAGGCAGUGGGACAGAAAGAGGAUGUUCUGAGCUCCUCGAGCGUAAUGGGACCAAGCGUUAUAGUAUUACACGAAACAAGAUACACCGAACCUUUGAACAACAAUGAUUUGGAGAGCGCCGAAAACAUUCUCAAAACCCAGUUCAAUCAAAUGAAACUGGAAACGGAGGCAUUUAGUAGCAUAAAAUACGUUGGCGUGCAGGCGACAAAUUCCACGACUGAUUAUAGACAGUUUCUGACUACUAUUAAAAACGAAAUAAAUAAUACGAGUGUGCGGUCGGCCAGGCAUCCACGUUUAGUUUACGAUAUAUUGAAAAUUCUGAACGACAGGUUUUCCGAAAAGAUCGACAAUUUUUCCAAUAUUUUGUUCCCCGAUCAGUAUUUUACGUGCCCGGUUAAAUGUCUUAGCUGUGAAUGCAGAUGUAGCAAUAGCAUGGGGCACCUUCGCGAGGGGAAACCUCACUGUUCCAGUACCAGGUGUCAGUAUCAGCAUCAGUAUGAAAAUAUAAUGUAUACGUGUAAAAAGUGUUACGAUAACGGAAACGAAGUACAAGUAACGAAAAAAACGGAGAACAACAGUAGUUGGUAUGGUUUAGUUAAGUAUGCAUGGUCCGGGGAUGUGAUAGAUUGUCCGCAUUGUGGAGAAAUAUAUAGGAGCCGUCAGUAUUGGUACGGUAAUAAGAAUCCAGAAGAGUUCGUUGUUCGCACAGAAAUCGUACACGUGUGGAAUGCGGCGAAAAAUUUAGUAGCGUCGCAAAAUACGGCACAGAGGGUGGUCGAUGGCGUGUCGUACAUUACGGAAGCUGUAACCAAUGUGUCUUUGCAACCGACAAAGAUGAUCUCAGCGUGGGUCGCCGAUCAGGUGGCGCCGUCGUAUUGGAGGCCCAACAACGAAAUAAAGCAUUGUCACAAAUGUAAAACCGUGUUUGGGCCGACGGAUACGAAACACCAUUGUCGAGCGUGCGGCGAGGGAUUUUGCGCGCAAUGCUCGUCCCAAACGAAAUGUGUUCCGUCGAGAAACUGGUACACGCAUGUACGAGUCUGUGAUACGUGUUACAACAACAACGACGAGGCGAUCGAGUAUUCGGAAGAUGUGAACGCCAGAAAAGUAACGGAAACGGUAGUGUCCACUUUAAGCACGGUUGGCACGGUUUUGAACUAUUCGAAAUCAUUCAUAAAGGACACUGCUCGACCUUCCUAUUGGGUCCCCGACUCGGAGAUCGUUAGUUGUUGCAUAUGCAACCAAAAAUUUUCCGUCGUUGCCACUCUACAUCACUGUAGAGACUGUGGACGCGGAGUGUGCGAGAAUUGCUCGCAACAUCGCAAUCCUGUCCCGUCCAGGGGAUGGGACAAACCAGUGCGCGUUUGCGAUUCGUGCAGAAAGAUCCAUUAACGACUGUUAGAUACAAAAAUUAACGAGAAGUAAAUUAUUCAUGAAAGACCAUAUCAUGAAAGACCAUUUGCAGAUUGCUCUAUUAUAAUUUUCAGUAUGUAUUACGAUUUUAUG